AUGGACACACCGACCAUCGAGUUGUCCUACAGAAAGAAACUUAGCCGGUUGAGCAGCAGCUCCUUGAUAUCCACUCCUAGACGCCGCUUCAGGAGUGCGGCAUCAGCGGCCAGGUUCACCAUCUUCAGGGCCAACAGAGCUGGCAAGCUGCGCGCUAAGUCCUUCGCUAAGAAAGAGAAGAAGGCUACACAGACACUUGCCAUUGUAUUAGGAGUUUUCCUCUUCUGCUGGGCGCCAUUCUUCACCUGCUCCGUCCUUGACGCUAUGUGCUCCAAGUUUGGCCUUCCAUACUCCCCUGGAGUUACGGUGUUCAUUCUUACCACGUGGUUGGGCUACAUCAACUCUUUCCUGAAUCCAGUCAUCUACACUAUCUUCAACCCUGAAUUCCGAAAGGCAUUUAGGAAGAUACUACAUUGCGGCACCUAG